GUGUCAAUUGCUAACAUCCAUGAACAUUAUUGAGCUUUCUAGACAACAGUCAUGACCAUACAGGAGCUGGUGGAAGGCAGAAUAGACUUCAAAGGGCAAAAGACUGCGGAUGACAUUGUUCGCGUGGUACUCAUCACUAGCACAUUCCUCUCGUUUGUCAUUGGGUUUGCCUUCAGCUCUCUCAUGAUAACAAUGAGUACGUUCGCACUCUGUACUGUAGCGCUGUCUCUGGUUGUCCUACCUCCUUGGCCCAUGUUUAAUCGUCAUCCAGUGACAUGGUUAUCCGAGUCUGUACAAGAACAGAAGUAACAUUCGGUGUUUAUUUUGAUAUUCUUACCUCCUGCGGCAGGCGCGGGAAGCAGGACUUUUUCCUGCUUCUGAUAAUCUAUUAUUAUUAAUGUGCUAUUUGUGCGCUUCGACAGCCUGAGAGUACUAGCGGUUGGCAUCGCUACCGUUCAGUUCGAAGGGCCAGCAAAGUAUUAUACGGCCUUAGCCAUUGGGAUUGUUUCCCCGAGUAGAACUUUCGGGCAUUCUUGGCACUAGUACCUUAAGUAGUGAUGAGACAUGCUGAGACAUACAUGAGAAAAUCAGGAGCAAUUGUUGAUUAUA